CCUAUCUGCUCCGGUACUAACUGCCCGCUCGCCCUGUGGAUCCUGCUGUCCUUCUCGGCCACUGAGUGUCCGCGCCAUCGUCCAGAUCCUACGGCGACACCAUGUUGGGCAUGAUCAGAAACUCGCUGUUCGGGAGCGUGGAGACGUGGCCUUGGCAGGUUCUGAGCACCGGGGGCAAGGAAGAAGUCUCCUAUGAGGAAAGAGCCUGUGAAGGAGGGAAGUUUGCCACUGUGGAAGUCACAGACAAGCCUGUGGAUGAGGCUCUCCGGGAAGCAAUGCCCAAGAUCAUGAAGUAUGUGGGCGGCACCAAUGACAAGGGAAUUGGCAUGGGCAUGACAGUGCCCAUUUCCUUUGCCGUGUUUCCCAAUGAAGAUGGCUCCCUACAGAAGAAACUGAAAGUCUGGUUCCGGAUCCCAAACCAGUUUCAAAGCAGCCCACCGGUUCCCAGUGACGAGAGCGUGAAGAUCGAGGAGCGGGAGGGCAUCACUGUCUAUUCCAAGCAAUUCGGUGGUUAUGCCAAGGAAGCAGACUACAUUGCUCACGCCACCCAGCUACGUACCGCCCUGGAGGGCACGCCAGCCACCUACCAGGGUGACGUCUACUACUGUACCGGGUAUGACCCUCCCAUGAAGCCCUAUGGACGUCGGAAUGAGGUCUGGCUUGUGAAGACAUGAAUCAUUCACUGAACUGGGAGCAUCCUAGAAGUGUGCCGCUGUGUCCCCCGACUUGGGGUCAAGAGGGGGCAGUGCUUCUCCCGUUCCAGCUUUCCUUCAAAACCCCUCACUGCCAGGUUGCUAAAAUAAGCCAAGAUUGGCAGCACCGUUCUUGUUGAAUUAUAAAAUCCUGUGGCAGAUCAGAAAAAUCUCAGCAGCAUUUUCUCUGCCAUCUGGGUCACUGAAAACUGAUUUUUAAAAAUUAUCAAAUUUGUACUUUUGUUAGUGAGGGAACAUGUGAUUUAUGCAUGAGCUUUCAUCUAUGAUUCUUCUAAGAACUUUGUCUAGAAACCAAAAAAAUACAUAUCUUUGACUUAAGCA